CCUCAUUUUUCCGACCGAAACUAGCAUUAGGACACGCAAAGCGAAGGCCAUGCAGUAACUAUGCCAAGCGUUACCUUAUGAAAGCCCGUACCUGCCAAAUUUUGCAGCUGUUGAUGGUUGAACUAAUAAUUUUAAAGCUUGGAUCAUGUGUACCAACCGAGAUUUUAGAUGAGAAAACAACUCAGAAUGAUAAUAUUCCCAUCAGUGACGAGCAAUUCGUAACAGUUGCACAGCCGACUGAAAAUAGUGAUGUCACAACCAUCGUGAAAUCUGAAAACCAAGUGGCGGUUCCCCGUCAAAAAGUGAUGUUGAAAAUUCCCCAAAUGGUGCGAUUCGACCCAAGAAGGCCGUUGAUGAUCUACUUUGUUAAGCAACUGACUACAAGACACACAGUUGCAAGCACAGUAAGAGCUGUAACAAAAGCAGGCGUUGUAAAGCGCAAAACGGUUAAAAAUGGAAAUUCAAUCAGCAAAACCACGGUGUCAAGAAAGAUUGUAAAAGCUGGAAAGGCUGGUACGAAGAAAAAGCCUCAAGUGACAACCAAACGCAUAGUUCGUACGACCACAAAAAGUAGAAAAGCAACAAAAUCAAAGCAAAGUCAAAAGAAUCCAAAAAUUAAAAAAGUCACUGCAAGAGUGGUGCCUGGGAAGAAGCAACCAGCAACUAAGAAAAUAAUUCCAAUUACCGUGAAAUCGACAAUUAGGACUUCGCGACAGACUACUUCUUCAACUAUACUGUCAACCACAGAAGAAGCCCUAGUUGAAGAAAACGAUUCCCAAGAUGGUGGAAACACCGAAAAUACUCGAACAACUGUAGAAAUAGAUUUGACCCCAAGUGGAGCUGAAAUUGAGGAUGAAGAUAGCAGCCUUGACGAAAACACCAAUAGCACUUCAACAACUGAUGGUGAAAUCGAGGAGAGCACUGAUGAGACCGCAAUUGAGGAUAUAGACGAGAUUUAUUCUACCACUACUGAAAUAUUCAAUGAUGGGGUCAAAAAUGAAAACUCGUCUACUCCAGCCCCUGAAAAUAAAACCUCUGAGGAAACAGAUGCUGAAUCAGAAACAAGUGACAGUGAAAUUGAACUUGAAGAUGGAUCAUCCACUUUAAUGGCAACUUCCACUGAUUUGGUUGCAAACAUAACUGGAGCGAUUUCAACAAAUUCAACUUCAACGUUAACUACAAGAAUUCAAUCAGCAGCAUACACUUCUUCUUCAACAACAAAAACCACACUAACUAGUCGGACUACUAGCUCAACAACCACUACUACUACUACUACUACGACGACGACGACGACAACUACAACUACAGCCGCACCAAGCACUACGACCACGGUCGCAACCACUGCCUUCCGAUUCCAACCUCCAACCUUUGCGAUUCCCCCUCCUCAAAUAUUCACACCUCCUACAAUCAAUACCCCCGCACCUUGGAAACCACCCAUCAUUCCGAUUAUCCCUGCUAGGACUGCGCCACCACCAGUUUUCAUCCCACCUACGCAGCCGGUUUUCGUUCCACCUUUCCGUCCACCUAACCCUGGACCUCCUCCACCACCUGUCCCACCUCCUCCUCGGUUCCCUGCUUUCCCAUUUGGACCAGCUAUCACAACGCGGUUAACCACCACAGUGGCUACCACGACAUUUGAUUAUGUAGACAUAGACAGUUUGAUAAGCGAAGCAAAUUAUGCAACCACCCUAGAACCGUCUGAAGAUGCAAAGAACUUUGGUGGAAUCGACAUUGGCAAUAUUGUCGGAGGAUUCCUUGGAGGGUGGGCAGCUGCUUCCACCGAAGACCCUGAAAAUAAUCUUGGCGUUGAUUUUCAAUGACAAAAAUUGUGCUGAAAAUAAAAAAUAAAAUAUAAAAAUAAUAGAGAAAA